GGCAGACAAGCAGGCCGAUUUCCUUAACACAUCCCAAAACCGAUUCCAUCCCACCCCCCCGUACCUCCGAAUCCGACGGCGAACAUCGCGACAACUCUCUCCCCUUCUAAAUCCCCGUCAUCUCGAUUACAACAACUCGCUCGGCACCCUUACGUCGUCCCGGAGAAGCAUCACUUUCCCCUAAAGAUCGACCCCCUUGGUUCUCAGUCCCUGACCAUCCGCCGCCGCCAAAAUGUCGAACAACCGCAACUACGACUUCCUUAUCAAGCUGCUGCUGAUCGGCGACUCGGGCGUAGGCAAGUCCUGCUGCCUGUUGCGCUUCAGCGAGGACUCGUUCACGCCGUCAUUCAUCACGACUAUCGGCAUCGACUUCAAAAUUCGCACCAUCGAGUUGGACGGCAAGCGUGUCAAGCUCCAGAUCUGGGAUACUGCCGGCCAGGAGCGCUUCCGCACCAUCACCACCGCAUACUACCGCGGCGCCAUGGGUAUUCUCCUCGUCUACGACGUCACCGACGAGCGGUCUUUUAACAACAUUCGCACCUGGUUCGCCAACGUCGAGCAACACGCCACCGAGGGCGUCAACAAGAUCCUCAUCGGCAACAAGUGCGACUGGGAAGAGAAGCGCGUCGUCUCGACCGAGCGCGGCCAGCAGCUCGCCGACGAGCUUGGCAUCCCCUUCCUCGAGGUCUCUGCCAAGAGCAACAUCAACAUCGAUAAGGCCUUUUACUCACUCGCCGCCGACAUCAAGAAGCGCUUAAUCGACAACCAGAAGAAUGAGCAGCCCGCUGCCUCGGGCGUCAACGUCGGCGAACAGGGUGGAGCCGGCGGAAAGUGCUGUUAAAGUGGGAUAGAGACGAGAAGAGAUGCUCGACUUUCCCCUGUUUUUCUAAAGGAAGAAAGCAAGACUUGACUUAUGUUUGG